ACUUCAUAGUAGACGUUGUUGACUUGUUGUUCAUUGCAUUUUAUCAAUUUAUCCGGUUCCGGUAUUUCAAUUUUCAAUUUAUGAUUUGUAUUCAGGUUUCAUAUUCGUAAAAUUGUAAUUCGUUCCUCGUUAGUUGUACGUUUAUUUUAAAGGCAGCUGAAAGGAGAUUUGAAAAUAUUUAGUUUCACACUAUCACGUUAGACUUGUAAAUAGUCACUGCACGCUUAAAAUGUUACCUCUUUCAUUACUAAAAACUGCUCAGAAUCACCCAAUGCUGGUGGAAUUAAAAAAUGGUGAAACAUACAAUGGACAUUUAGUGACAUGUGAUAGUUGGAUGAAUAUCAAUUUACGAGAAGUGAUCUGCACAUCUAAAGAUGGAGAUAGAUUUUGGAGACUUCCAGAAUGUUAUAUUAGAGGCAGUAUGAUUAAAUACUUGAGAAUACCAGAUGAAAUAUUUGAUAUGGUGAAAGAAGAUAUUGUUGUAAAUAAGGCUCGUGGUCGAACAGAUAACCAGAAAAAUCGUGCUCCUAGAGGAGCUAGACAAGGAUUCAGUGGAAGAGGAGGUGGUGGUAACAACCGAGGUACUGGACCACAACAACAGAGAGGUGGCCCAAAUAAGUUUAGAGGAAAAUAAAUUAUGUCUUUCACAGGUUAUACUUAUACAAUAUGUGAAUAUGUAUAUUUAAAUUCAAAAAUGUAAAAUCGCAUUAAACAUGUGUAUUGAAAAUUCUCAUAUUUUUUAAAUUGAUCACAAAAAAUUCAAAUAACUAACAAAUGUCUUAUUAAGAAUGCAAACUAUAACUGUAAUAGUUAUUAUUGUAUUAGCAUUAAUAUUAACUUUAAUAUUGUCAAAGUACUAAGUAGGAUGGAUAAGACAAAUACAUUUUAGGUAAACAUUUAAUCAAUAAUAAAGUAUAAAUUUGUUUUUAAAUGUAAUGUAAAUGCUGAAGACUGGAUUAAAAUAUUUAAAUUGUG